GAGGAUUUCCAAACAGUCCUGUCUGUCUGUUCGUCUCAUUUUACGUUUUGGGAUUAGAGAAAAAUGCCCAAAGUAAAAAGAAGCAGAAAACCCCCGCCUGAGGGAUGGGAACUCAUUGAACCCACAAUCGACGAGCUUGAUGCUAAAAUGAGAGAGGCUGAGACUGAUCCACAUGAAGGGAAGAGAAAAGUUGAGGGACUGUGGCCAAUAUUCCGACUCCACCACCAGAAGUCUAGAUACAUUUACGAUUUAUUUUACAGAAGGAAGGCCAUCAGUAGACAGUUAUAUGAAUAUUGCCUGAAAGAGAAUAUUGCAGACAAGAAUUUGAUUGCGAAGUGGAAAAAGCAGGGCUAUGAAAAUCUAUGCUGUCUGAGAUGUAUACAAACGAGGGACACAAAUUUCGGAGCCAACUGUAUCUGUCGUGUUCCCAAGUCUAAACUAGAGGCAGGUAAGAUUGUGGAGUGUGUCCAUUGUGGGUGUCGGGGGUGCUCAGGAUGACCGGAAUAUUCCAUUCUCUUCAUUGAACCAUUCAUUGUCAAGAUCAUGUGAUGAUUAUUCUUCUCCUCAUCCACCAUGAACUACAUUUGUACAUAGAUGUGACCUUAGCUGAUGUGACCUUAGCUAUUGAUUUCCAGGAACUGGUCCAAUUUAAGAGAAAUGUGAUAUCUGGAACUAUAUAUAAUGACAUUUGUUUCAUGGAGGUUUGGCAAACACUGGAGAACUUUGUGUAUUGAACGUUCAUGCAAGCAAUAAGCCAAACAUAACACUGCAUUGUGCAUCUUAAGGUUUUAAUGAAAACUUUUUCAUGUUGACUUUUAUCUUGUGUAUAGUGAAUAAAAAUGUGACUUUAUUAUAAAAUGAUUAUAAUUUA